UCUGGGAAUGCUAAUAAUUUCAAUACUUUUAGUAAAUCAAAUAAAUAUGUUCGUUUUCCACAAACCUAUAGGUAUAGCCUAUGUAUUAGGAGGUACAAUAUAUAUUGAAUAGUUAAGGCUCAUUAUCCUUAUAUUUUAGAAGAGAAUAACAAUCAAUUCUAGGAAGAAGUAUAUCGAUAGGAACUGAUCUUCAUGUAAAAGAUAAUCUAGGAUCAGAAGGUGUAAUGGAUGUAAUAGGAUAUUCUGAAAAGUUAGCAUCAAUAAUGGGUCAUAUUUUAAGUGAUAACCAUUUAUUAGAUCUAAUAAUUGUAUUGUUAUUAUAUUUCACUUUGCCGAGAGUAUAAAUUAAUUAUUAAUAGAUUUUUUAAAUUGGAGCUAUGAAUACUAAUGUUUACUCAAUAGUAAUGUUAAUAAAUUAUUUUGCAUAAUUUAUUAUUUCAUUUUUUAUUUCUUCAUUUUAAUCAGAAGAUAUAGCUAAGAAUGUCUUAUAAAAUGUUAGAACUUAAAUUAUAGCUGCUAGUCUUUUUAGUAUAAUUUCACUAAUACUAUUAUAUAUCUAUAAUUCUACUUAUAUGAGUAUAGCUAGUUUUGGUCUUAUAACUAGUAUGUUACUCAUAAUAUAUUUGGAAUAUGUUACAAAUCAUUCAUUUCCAUAAGUUAGAAACAUUGCUUCAGCAGCUUUAAAUGCCCCAAUGCUUAAUAUUAUGAAUGGCAUUUUUUUGGGAGAUAUGGGUUAGUUAUUUUUUGUAGGAUUGACAGGAUUAUUUAUUUUCAUUUCUAAAGAGAUUGGUGGAAAUGAAGGUCUUUAUGCUUUUUUAACAGGAUUAAUUAUGAAUGCUAUAGUUAUGACAUCUAUAUAAUUUAGUGGAAAUUCUAUAAUGAUAGGUUUAAAAUUUGCAUAGAUUGCUUAAGUAGAUUCAUUGCCUUUAGAAAAAGUAAUUAUAAAAUUAUAUAUAAAAUUAGAUAAAUUUAGCAGCUUGUAAUUAUGGUUUAUAUUUAAAAACAAUAACAAUUAUUUGUUUAUUUUUGAUAACAAUAAUAUUUUUUCCUUUGUAAGAAAUCUAAUGUUUUGCUGUUUUUAUAGGAAUCAUUUUAGCCUACUUUUUCAAAGGGAUUUUUUUAAAGUUUGUUGGAACUUAGAUUAUUAGACAAUUAAGAGGAUUUUAUGAAGGAACAUUUCUGGAUAAUUAAGUUUACAAUUUAUGGGAAUUAACAGGUUUAAUUGGUCUAGUAAUUUAAUUAAAUAUUCUAUUAGCAAUUUAUUAUUUUGAAUUUUUUUAAAUACUUCACUUCUAAGUUUGGAAUGUAUUCAUAUGUUUACAGUUACACAUAGAUUGUGUUGAUUUUAAGUGCUAGAGCUAUAAUAACAGGGAGCAGUCUAAAGAAUGUUAGAGUACUUGAAGGAACUUUAAAGGAGAAUAAGAUAAUUUAUUUAUCUCAUAUGUAUGCAGAUAUUCAAGGCAUAGCUAUGGAAGAAUCUCCAGCAUUACCUUAAAUAGGUUUUUUAGGUAUAUCGAUAGUGUUAGGAUUAACAAUUUGA